CGCUGACCCGGGAGACGUUUGUUUCUGAUUUGGCUGGUAGAUCAGGGUUUUUAUUUGAAUUUUAUUUUGUUUUUAAAUAUUUUAGCUGUGAUGUUUGUUUGUAGCGUGUUAGAUUAUUCGCAGUUGUGUUAGCGAGUUCGUGUUCACAGUAACGUUAACGUCAAGGCUGUGCACCGUUAACGUUAGCUGAUCAGACAACGCUAGCGUUAAGUAGUAAUAUCGAUUUGCAGCAACGUUAGCAAACGUUAGCUAGGAUUAGUUCUCAUGUAGUAUGUAUGCAGUCCGACACCAGUAAAAGUCAAAUGCAUUGACGUUAUAAAUUGCCAAUCACAGGAAUUUAAUCGCCUUUUGCGCUUGGCUCAGCUUAUCCUGUAAAUAAGCUAGAGUAGCGGAUGCUUUAUCUUGGCUUUUCUAACGUCUUUGGCUAAACUUAAACCGGCUAUCUUAAGUUUAACGUUUAAAAUAACGUGAAACAGCUUGGCCUCGAAAUCCAGAGUCAGAUUGUCUAUACGCUCUUUCGUCAAGGCGUGUUGUCAGAAGCUCGUCCAUUAAACUGACACAAAAGAUGAAGAGAGCCAGGAGCGGUGGUGAUGAGGAAGCUCCCCGGCAGAAUGGCACUGCUGGCCGGAGGAAAGGAGACCAACAGCAGAGUGACGGGGGCGACGCUGGCUCUGCCUUCGGCCCAGCAGAUCUGCAAGAGGACGACAAUGACCCGGGGCUCAGAAGAGAAAUACGGAGCAAAUACAGAGACCUCAUCAACUCAGUGCAACAAAAUAGGGAAGAUAUGCUGAGUCCCUCAAACAACAAACUCACAGAAGUUUUAGAAGAGGCAAACAAACUUUUUAAAGAUGUCCGGCAGGCGAGAGAAGCAGCACUCGAUGCCCAGCUCCUUGUUGUGGCCACAGACCUGGGAAAGGAAAAAGCCAGCCAACUGUUCGCCGAGGGCACUGCUUUUGAUCCCACUGCUUUUGCUGAGCACCUUUUGUCCUUCAUGGGUCUCAACCGACUGGAAGACGGGGAGGACGAGCAGCAGAACGGAGGUGCUGUUGAUGGCUACCUGCCUCAAGAUGCUUGGCACAGAGUGGCCAGGAGAGCAGAGUGCUGCUUCAGGACGGCACCCUCCUUCCACUACAUGAUGGGUUCGUUCCAUGCAGAGCCGCCUCCACCGAAGCAAAGGACAGAACGGCAAAGGAAGCUACCCGGCAAGGAAGCUAAAAGGAUAAUGCCUACUCAGCUGAAGAAAAUGGAAGACUCCCAUCAAGAAGCGACCGAGAAAGAGGUGGAAAGGAUCCUGGGAUACCUGAAGAGUUACUACCAAGAUGAUCCAACUUCACCAAUAUCCUAUUACGAGUUUGUCAUUGACCCCAACUCGUUUUCCCGGACUGUAGAGAACAUUUUCCACACGUCUUUCCUAAUCAGGGAUGGUUUGGCACGGAUGUAUCUGGAUAAUGCCGAAUUGCCUUGUAUAGCGCCUGUAGAGGAGGGGGAGGUGGAAGCUGGAGGGUCAUGCAGUCGUAAACAGUGCAUCGUUUCUAUCAGCCCAAAGACGUGGAAGGAGCUCGUAGAUGCCUUCGACAUCAAAGACACAAUGAUUCACCCGGCAAACACGCAGGAUGAGUGACGGACUCUGACACUUUUUUGUUAGCUGAAACCGUUGUUUUUAAGUGUGUUACUGUUUUUUUGGUUUUUUAAAAUUUCUAAAUAAUAAAGAUUUGUUAGGAAUUUGCAAAUGCCAAGUCCCAGUGUAGGUCACACUUGUAAACACAUAUCAGAGUGACCUAAUUACUGAAUUGCACAUUUUGUUUUAAAUAUUUUUUUACUGCUUUUAGAAGUUUAAAUAAUAAAAGAGAAAGAAGAGA